AUUUGAUUUCUUUAUGAUGCGAUUUUACCUACUACCGUCUACGGAUGAAGAAAACAAAGCAAGAAAAAUGUCAGUUGUUGAUAUAAAAAUUGGAAAUAAAUAUAGAAUUGGAAGAAAAAUUGGGUCAGGGUCUUUUGGGCAAAUUUACUUGGGACUGAAUGUCGUUAACGGAGAGCAAGUCGCAGUAAAGCUUGAGCCCUUAAAGUCCCGGCAUCAUCAAUUAGAAUAUGAAUUUCGAGUAUACAACAUCCUCAAAGGCAACAUUGGAAUUCCAAUUAUUCGCUGGUUCGGGAUAGUGAACAAUUAUAAUGCCAUGGUUAUGGACUUGUUGGGUCCUUCCUUAGAAGACUUGUUUUGCUAUUGUGGAAGAAAGUUUUCGUUAAAAACGGUUGUUCUCUUAGCAGACCAAUUGAUCAGUCGCAUUGAAUAUGUUCAUCAAAAGUCCUUUUUGCACAGAGACAUAAAACCAGAUAAUUUUCUUUUGAAAAAACAUAGCAAUGUCAUAACUAUGAUUGAUUUCGGGUUGGCUAAAAAAUACAGAGAUUUCAAAACUUACGUUCAUAUACCUUAUCGGGAUAAUAAAAACCUAACAGGCACAGCGAGAUAUGCAAGUAUUAAUACGCAUAUUGGGAUUGAGCAAUCCAGACGUGAUGAUUUAGAAUCCUUGGGAUAUGUGUUAUUAUAUUUCUGCCGAGGAAGUUUACCAUGGCAAGGCCUGCAAGCUGAUACAAAAGAACAAAAAUAUCAAAAAAUUCGCGAUACAAAAAUUAAUACCCCCUUAGAAGUACUAUGUAAAGGCCUCCCAGAGGAAUUUAUUUCCUACAUGUAUUAUACAAGACAGCUAUCGUUUACCGAGCAACCCGACUAUAAUUUUUUAAGAAGGCUAUUCCGAAACUUACUCAUACGGAAAGGUAUACAAUAUGAUUAUGUUUUCGACUGGAUGAUUCUUAAAUAUCAGAAGCGAGCGGCAGCUGCAGCUGCAGCUUCUGCAAAUGCUAAUAAUGCAAAUUUGACUCCUAACCAAUAUGGAAACCUUAAUACCUUGCCAUCCCCAGCGGUAUCUCCUCCUCCUGCUGGUAUUCCACCUCAAUUAACACCAAGUGUGAAAAAUUCCCCUGGUCGUAUAGCUACCGACCGGUUGCCGAAAACGCCUCAGUCUUAUUCUACCAAUGUCGUCCAGGGUAAUUCUCCUACCCCUCUCCCUGGUCAACUUCGUCCAACGUGUCAAAAUAAUGAUUUCAACAUCGUCCAUCCCACUUUCCAGGCUUCUUAUGGUCCUCAUAUGAGAAACCCAGUGAAUGAUGAGCAUGCUCCUUAAUAUACCUUUCAGUCAUCUAUAUGAGUAAGGUUAGGUUACGCAGGAUUAUUUUCGUUUAUCCUUCUUUGUCUCUUUCCAUAAAUUGCAUUGGUUUUAUGCACAUUAUAGGUGUCCUCCUAUUAAUAUCACUUCAUGAUCUGUACAGUGUAAAACUCGCUUAUUGCUGUCCAUCAUAAAAAUUAUUCUACCAGCAUAUAACUAUGGUGUGGAAAUGCUUCCGGAUGUGGCUUUCCUUUUCUUCUUCAACUGCUCGACUUUUUCCAUUGGCUCUUGCUUGUAAUUUUGACUAAUUUUUGCUUCUGUACCCGCCAUGGAGACACUGUUUAGCACUUCCGUGCUUUAAUUUUGUCUUUUUUUUGUUACUCUAUAACUAUCAAAUUAAUCUGCCUCCUCUAAUUUGACAGUGUUUUUAGCGAACGUGUACUUCGAACUGUUCAUAUACGCAGUAAGCAAACCGCACACUAUUAGGAACAGUUCUUGGAGUUUCAUCUCAGUGAGUAUAAUGGUAACUUAACCAAAGAUAAUAUUUAAUUAUAGUAAUCGGGCUUCGAGUGUAUGUUAAUGUCUCAUUGGACUUUUAUUUAUAUUACAUUAGCAGUUUGAAGCCUUUAUAUUAAGUUUUACAUAUAUUAAGAAAACAAUUCUUUCCUGUAAUGGAUAAUGCUUUCUUUUUUUUUCCUUUGUUUAUUUGUUGAUGCGCUCUUUCCAGUAAGAUGUUUAGGAACUUUUUUGUCAAAAUAUAUUGUCACUUGCUUUGUUACUCAUGCGUUAUUCAACCACUGCUGGGAUAGCUCAUAUGUUGUGUAUACAAAUUAUUCCUCAGACGGUAGUAUCUUGAUCAAAACGUAUAAUUUCAUUAGAAACAA